GAGAGAGAGAUCGUGCCGCGGAGCUCGGCGACACCGACAGACACCAUGCUGCUGGAGCCGAGCGGAGGAGCCUCGUCGGGGGGCUUUUAACUCACCAGAGGCGGAGAGGGGGGUGAGAGAUGUGGGCGCCGCGUUUAAAGGAACCCCCGCUGUUGUGUUCGUCUUCACUGUCAACAACAGUCCCGCUGCAGCUCCGCUCACGCCUCUUUUCAGCUCAUUUAACGGCGCUGUAACGGGGAAAUCACUAGGACUAUGUGAGCAUCAUGCUCGCUGUGAGAUGCCUGCUGUUCGCUGCAGUGUGUGCACGGUGCUCCGUGACAGGUCUGAGAGGAUGGGUGAAUGUGGAGGGAAGGCUGCCGCCUGCAGAACAAGUGGUUCAGCCCAAGCGGCUCCUGCAACAGAUCCACUCCCGGGAGGAGCUGCUCCACAGCCGCCUGGACACUCGGGUCAAAAAUGACACAGCCGGAGUGCAGCCCGUCCAUCUGGCCCAGAGCAGCUUCUUGGUGGAGGCCUUCGGCAAAUCCUUCAUCCUUGACCUGGAACUCAACCACAAUCUCCUGUCUACAGAGUAUGUGGAGCGUCACUAUGAGGAGGAUGGGCAGCUGUCACAGAAUAUGGGAGGAGAGCACUGCUACUAUCAUGGGCGUGUGCGCGGGCUGCCGGGCUCCUGGGCCGCUCUGUCCACCUGCCAUGGCCUACAGGGGAUGUUUUCUGACGGGAACUUCUCAUAUGGGAUUGAACCUGUUGGCAGCGGCGAGGAGCAGAAUGACCACAUUGUAUAUCGUAUGCCGGACAUCGACCUCUUUCCACUUCCCUGUCCAGGAUGCGCCACGAACAGCACAGAGCCUGAGGGGCAGACAGACGUCCACAGUGAAGGAGACGGUGAGCUGCAGGAUGGAGACGACAGGUCUGAAGGGGAGAAGCCCGUCUUUACAGAAGGCUUGAGACGCUCAAAAAGACAAGUGCGGCGAGGCCAGCGCACCGUCCAGACUGAGACCAAGUACAUUGAGCUGAUGGUGGUCAACGACCAUGAACUGUUUGUGCAGCUCCGUCGGUCGGCCACUCAGACGAAGAACUUUGCCAAAGCAGUGGUGAACAUGGCCGAUGCGAUCUACAAGGAGCAGCUCAACACUCGCAUCGUCCUGGUGGCCAUGGAAACCUGGUCUUCUGAGAACAAGGUCUACGUGGACAACGACGCCUUGCUCACCCUGCGUGACUUCAUGAAGUACAGGAAGGAGAGCAUCAAGGAACGCUGCGACGCUGUUCACCUCUUCUCUGGGAAGACGUUCAUGAGCAGCCGCAGCGAGGCGGCCUACAUCGGGGGCAUCUGCUCGCUCACCAGGGGCGGAGGCAUCAAUGAGUUUGGCAGUGUGGGCCCCAUGGCCAUCACAUUGUGUCAGAGUCUUGGCCAGAACAUUGGCAUGCUGAGAAACAAAGAGCGACCGGCUGCCGAAGACUGCAGGUGUCCAGACCCAUGGCUGGGCUGUAUCAUGGAGGACACAGGCUACUACCUGCCCAGGAAGUUCUCUCGGUGCAGUAUAGACGAGUACCUGCGCUUCCUCCAACAGGGAGGAGGCAGCUGUCUCUUCAACAAGCCCAACAAGUUGUUAGACCCACCAGAGUGUGGAAAUGGAUAUGUGGAGCCCGGAGAGGAAUGUGACUGUGGAUCACUAGUGGAGUGUGCACGGAGUGGAGCCAACUGUUGUAAGAAGUGCACCCUUACCCACAAUGCCAUGUGCAGCAACGGUCUCUGCUGCAGGGACUGCAAGUACGAGCUGAGAGGGGCGACGUGCCGUGAUGCUGUUAACGGCUGUGACAUUCCCGAGACCUGCACAGGAGACUCCAGCCAGUGUCCUCAUAAUGUCCACAAACUGGAUGGCUACAUGUGUGAUGCUGGACAGGGUCGCUGUUAUGGAGGUCGCUGUAAGACCAGAGAUGGCCAGUGCAGGACUCUGUGGGGCUACAACUCAGCUGACAGGUUCUGCUAUGAAAAGCUUAACUCUGAGGGCACAGAGAAAGGAAACUGUGGGCCAGACACCAGUGGUCAGGGAUGGGUGCAGUGCAACAAACAGGACGUUCUGUGUGGUUUGCUGCUUUGCACCAAUCUGACAGCCAGGCCGAGGUUCGGUGAACUGCAGGGGAAGCUCAUCAGUCUGACCAUCCACCAUCAGAACAGAUACAUGGACUGCAGGGGCGGACAUGCAGUGCUGGAUGACGGCUUGGAUCUGGGCUACGUGGAGGACGGGACGCCAUGUGGGCCCAACAUGAUGUGUUUGGAGCGUCGCUGCCUCCCUGUCACCACCUUCAACCUCAGCACCUGCCCGGGCUCCUCGCCCUCACGCAUCUGCUCCCAUCACGGGACUUGCAGUAACGAGGUGAAGUGUAUCUGCGAUCCGGACUACACUGGGAAGGACUGCAGUGUGUUUGACCCCAUCCCCAUCCCCACCCCGCCAGAGGGCCCAGAGAAAUACAAAGGUCCCAGUGGUACCAAUAUCAUAAUAGGUUCGGUUGCUGGUGCAAUUCUGCUGGCAGCGAUAGUCCUGGGGGGAACUGGCUGGGGAUUUAAGAACAUCCGAAGAGGAAGGUACGACCCCGCCUUUCAGUCCUGAGUCCUGAAUCAGCGUUCAUUAUGUCAACAUAAAGCCAUCUGUUUUAUAAGAAUCCUCUACGAUAUCAAAUAUGACUCAAACAUAUUUCUAAGCCCGCACAAAUGUAUCUGUCACCUGCUUCUGUGGCCUUUUGACCUUUUUUUUAAUCUAAUGUUUAACCAAUGCCACAUACCACAGCAUUUAUAUAUCCUGUGCUAUUAUGCAGUAAUACUACUACUACUUAAAAUACACUUAAUUCAACUCAAUUAUAAUUUUAUUUAGUGCAGAAAACUCAAACAACAAUGAACAAUAUUAGGAAACAUAAUAAUCUAUACUCUCAGUUUGCUUCAUUAUCAUUUGUACUGCAUGUCCCCUCAAUAACCUGGCUGCCAUUUCUAGAAUUAGCUGCGGUGUCGACUUUGUAAUGUUAAUUUCAUAAGACUUUCAAUAAUAAAAGGUGUUUUUUGGGU